AUGUCAUCGCCAGAACCUGACUACUAUUAUAGCUCUGGCAGGAGCUCUUAUAGGCAACCUGACACACUUCGGACAAAAAAGCGAAGGUUCGAUUCUUCUAAAGACAUGACUUAUGGUGUUGAUCCUUACCUGCAUGGUGGCUAUAAGUCUUAUGGACACAAAAAUGAUGGACGAGAGCAACUCAUCGUUUCAAAUUUGCCUUUGCACGCGAGUGAUCAAGUGGUCAAGGACGCGCUUUUUCAUGAGUUUAAAAAGUUCGGUCAUGUUUCUAUUUAUCUGCGUGGUCGUGGCGAAGGAAGAACUGCAGCUAUAUCGUAUCGAAACCCAGAAGACACGAUUAAAGUUAAAGAGUACCAUGAACGAAGAGGGAAAUUUAUAGUUUUUGACAGGCAAGUUCAUAUCGACUACGAAAAUGAGUAUGAGCGUGGUUCGGACCGAGGAUACAGCCCAGAUACGUACAGCUCUGUGUCUCCGCGAAGGAACCUUCCUAAGGGCGGUCGUUCUUCUUAUCCACCGAAAGAUGACUACAUUCGCGAUCAGCACUUCGAUGAUGGAAAAAUUUAUCGUGGACGCGAGCGUGAUGAUUUCAGAGAGGCCCCGAGAAGAUUUGCGUAUGAAGACUACCGUGAGGGAGGGAAUUUACCUGCAGAAGACGACCCGAAAGCCAGUCGCACUUUGUUCGUCGGUAACUUAGAACCCAACGUUACCACACAAGAAUUGAGGAGGAUAUUUGAGCCAUACGGUUACGUUGAAGAUGUUGAAAUCAAAAGACCAACGCAUUCACAUGGGAGUACGUAUGCUUUUGUUAAAUUUCUUGAUAUAGACGUGGCUGCAAGAGCCAAAAGUUACGUUGACGGUCAAUACAUCGGUAGAAACGCAUGUAAAAUUGGUUAUGGAAGGAGUAUGGCAACAACUCGUUUGUGGGUUGGGGGUCUAGGACCAUGGACAGGUAUUGAUGAGUUAACAAGAGAAUUUGACAGAUUUGGGGCUAUCAAAUUCAUAGAUUUUCAAAAAGGAAACAAUUAUGCCUAUAUUUUGUACGACAGCCUUGAUGCAGCUCGUGUUGCAGCUAGAGAAAUGCAUGGGUACCCUCUUGGUGGUCCCAGCCGAAGACUCAAAAUUGAUUUUGCCAGUGCUGAUAAAGGAGGAAGAACCAGUGGUGAUUUUGAUCACUUUAGUGAUUUUGAUCGCAGGGAUGUCCCUUUUGAAAGACCUGCUGUACGCGGAAGGGGGAGAAAUAACUGGGAUCAUGGUGGUGGUAGAAAGUUUUCCAGUGAACGCGAAUUUGCACCAAGAAAUGACCGAAAAUGGUUCGAUCAUAAUAAUGGUCCAUAUAGAGACCGUAUGAAUCGUGGAGGGCACUUAAAUGAUAGAGAAAUUCAAGUGGAACGAGACAUCAGGCCAUCUGAGGGUGAUAGACCAGUUAGAAAGAGAGGGCGUAGUCGCAGUCCACUUAAUGAUUCUCAACCUCGUACCUCAAGACGCAGUGGCAGCUUCAGAAGCCACUCAAGACAUAGUCCAAUAAACCAACGAGGGCGUAGUUAUUCACCAGAACGUAAAAAAGAUGCUCAUGAAAGGACAUCCCCAUCUCCUCAAAGAACAAAGAGAAAUCAUUCAAGUUCUAAUGAAAAGGAACCAUCUACACCUAAAAAGGAUUCAUCUGAGGAAGAUCCUACUGAAAAGACGUCUGUUGUAAAACAGGAAAAAGCUGCAGAGGAUGAUACGGUGCCAAAGCAAGAGAAUGGAUCAGAGACCAAUAGUAAAGUUGAGAGUAUUGUUGAUGUUGCAAAGAGAUUUGCUGUUGCUUGGAGAGGGGCAUUUGCAUUAAAAACCAGUGCAUUUCCAUUGCGUAUGCAUCUCAUUGGAGGGAAUCCGGAAUUAGCUGAUUCAUUAUUACGAGCUGUUGGACAAGGGAAAGUUCUUAGUAUUAGUCAGCGUCUACGUUUGGAUCAGCCUAAACUUGAAGAGGUUUCUCGUCGUGUUAGCAAUGCAGGAGCUAGUGGUCAUUGUAUAUUACUGGCACUGCCUAUUGCUCAAACUGGUUUAGAAGAUUUAGAUCUGGAUGAGAAUUUUCAGCAAAGGCCAUUACGCAGUCUUGUUGUUUAUUUAAAACAAAAGCAAGCAGCUGGAGUAAUUCCAUUGCCAAAUAACGAUAAUAGUGCUGUAGCGAAAGAUGAUGGAGGAAUUUUACAUGCAUUCCCACCUUGUGAUUAUUCUCAUCAACAGUUGCUCAAAGUUGCUCCAAAUCUUGGACCCGAGCCAUCAAAAGAGGAUCACCUUGUUAUUAUUCUUGUUCGUGGUAGCAAUUGAUUUCAAAGCUUCCUAAUGAGAGACUUGUUCAUAUUUUCGUCAGGGUAUAUGAUAUGCUUCUAUGGCAAUGGGUAUUGCUGAACGUUAGUUUAUUUUAAAGUAUAAAGAUGUCCUGUUUUUUGAAGAGAUAAAAGAAGAUUGAAAGACUUUUUAUCGUCAUAUUGUAAGAGUUUUGAACAAUUUACCGGCCAAUCGAUACAGAUGAGCAUCUUCAAGAAACUUUACCUCAGAAACAGUUAUGUGAUAUGUGAUUUAUGCAGUUAGCUAAUGAUAUUGCUUUCUUAUUGGAGA